AUGACCCCGCCGUGGCCGGCAGCCUGGCCUUUGAUGUCAAGCCUGGGUGUUCCGGGUGCGGAGCUUGCGGGCGCCGAGCAGCAGCAUGCCGGCGGCCCACAGCGCGUAGGUGGCCGGUUCGGGCACGGCCGUCACAUGCAGCAGCACGCUGUUGGCGGUGUACUCGACGGUGAGCUGGUUGCUGCCCAGGCCGUGCCAGCUGAUGUUGUCGAAGACGGAGUUCGACAAGCGCUGGCCGGUGCUGGCGAUGGUGUAGGUGUCGCCCAGCUGCAGCGUCGCGCCCUGGCCCAGCCAGACCGACAGCUCGCCGUUCCACAGCGCCUGGUUCGUGAUGACGAGCUGGUCGGACAGGCCGAGGCUGCCGAGGUCCACAUGCAGCACGGAGCUGUCGUUCAGGCGCAGGCUGCCUUCGAUGGUGAGGGUGCCCAGCGCAGCGUCCAGGCCGGGGUUCAGCGUGCCGUUGUUGACCAGCGCGACACUGCCGCCCCCGGUGUUGACCUUGCCGGUGCCGGUGAUCAGGCCGGCGUUGGUGAAGGAGGUCUGCAGCACGCCGGCCGAGGCGAGCUGGAUGGUGCCGGUGUUGACGAAGCUGUCGCGCGCGUCGAAGGUGCCCGAGUCGAUGGCCAGCAGCCCGCGGUUGUCGAAGCCGUUGGCCCGCGUGGUGCCGGCGCCGCUGCGCACAUAGGUGCCGGUGUUGACGAAGCUGCCGCCACCGGAGGCGCUGCCGUUGCGCAGCGUCUUGUAGGCGUUGGCCGCGUUGGCGCCCUCGUCGUUGAACGUGGCGUUGUUGACGAUGACGCCGCCGAACACCGAGCCGCCGAUGGCGCCGCUGCCGGCGGUCCAGCGGCUGUCGCCUUGCAGCGUCAGCGUGUGGUUCCAGUUGACCGACUGGUUGCGUGUGCCGUCGAAGGUCGUGGUGCCGGUGACGGUGGUGGCGCCCGUCGGGUAGCUGGAGAUGGCGGCCGAGCCGCCGAGCGUGCCGGACUGGAAGUCCAGCGUGGUGACGGUGAUGUGCCCCGUGCCGGACAGCUGCCCGCCCUGCAGGGACAGGGUGUUCAGCGUGUUGGUGCUGGCGUUGUGGACGACGCCGCCCAGGAGGUUGACGUUGCCGUCGAGCCGCGCGGUGCUGGUGAGGACCGUGUUGCCGCGGUCGAAGGUGACCAGGCCGCCGUUGGCGAUGCCACCGCUGACGACGGCCGAGCUCUCGUAGAACGACAGCCGCGCGCCGCUGGCCACGUUGAUCUGGCCGGUGGAGGUGCCCGUGUCGCGCAGUUCCAUCGUGCCGCUGUCGACCUGCAGCGUGCCGGCGUUCUGCAAGCCGUAGGCGCGCGUCAGCCCCGCGCCGGUGCGGACAUAGGUGCCGUUGUUGACGAAGGUGCCGCCGCCCGGAGGCGCUGCCGCUGCGCAGCGUCUUGCGUUGGCGCUGCCGGCGCCUUCAUCGUUGAAGGUGGCGUUGUUGACGAUGACGCCGCCGAACACCGAGCCGCCGAUACCGCCGCUGCCCGCCGUCCAGCGGCUGUCGCCCUGCAGCGUCAGCGUGUGGUUCCAGUUGACCGACUGGUUGCGCGUGCCGUCGAAGGUGGUGGUGCCGGUGACGGUGGUGGCACCGGUCGGGUAGCUGGAAAUGGCGGCCGAGCCGCCGAGCGUGCCGGACUGGAAGUCCAGCGUGGCAACGGUGAUGUGGCCGAUGCCGGACAACUGCCCGCCGCCCUGGAUGGACAGCACGUUCAGCGUGUUGACGCUGCCGUUGUGGACCACGCCGCCGAGGAUGUUGACGUUGCCGUCGAGCCGGGCCGUGCUCGUCAGCGUGGUGUUGCCGCGGUCGAAGGUGACCAGGCCGAGGUUGGCGAUGCCGCCGCUGACGACGGCGCUGCUCUCGUAGAACGACAGUUGUGCGCCGCUGGCGACGUUGAUCUGCCCCGUGGACGUGCCGGUGUCGCGCAGCUCCAUGACGCCGCUGUUCACCUGCAGCGUGCCGGCGUUCUGGAAGCCAUACGCGCGGGUGGCGUCGUUGACGAUGACGCCGCCGAACACCGAGCCGCCGAUGCCGCCGCUGCCGGCCGUCCAGCGGCUGUCGCCCUGCAGCGUCAGCGUGUGGUUCAGGUUCACCGCCUGGCUGCGCGUGCCGUCGAAGAGCGCGGCGCCGGUGACGGUGGUCGAGCCCGUGGUGUACGAGCUCGUGAAGCCGCCCAGCAGGCCGGACUCGAAGGUCAGCGAGCCGACGGUCAGGUCACCGCCGUAGAGCCGGCCGCCGUUGAUGCGCAGCGCGCCGACCUCGCGCGUGCCCGACAGCGCCGUGCUGCCGGCCGACAGCAGCGCCGAGUCGCCCGCGCCCGGCACGCCGAGCAGCGUCCAUUGCGCCGUCGCGGGUUCCGGCACGGCGCUGACGGUGUUGGGGAAGAAGCCCGAGGCCGACGUGGUGACCGUGCCCUCGGGGCCGCUGAAGGACGCGCCGACCGAGUGCGAGAAGUCGACGACGAAGGUGGCGCGCUGGGGCAGCGGAGUGUCCGACUCGAAGCGCGCCGACACGUCCAGCACGGCGACCCAUUCGAAGCUGCCGCCCGGCUCGAAGGUCGAACUGAUGACGGUAGGGGUGUUCGCCUGGAUGUCGAUGUAGUUCGCCGUCGCACCAUCGAACCACGGCGUGUACGGGCGGCCCAGAUAGACGCCGACGCCGCUGCCGGUGAUCUGCAGCGCCUCGAUGGCGGCGCUCAGGCGGGUGUAUUCCGCCAUCGCUGUGGCGUCCCAGGGUUUGCUCCACAGCGCGUCCAUCUCGGUCUGCAGCGCCAUGUAGCCGGGGCGGUAGGCGUAGAAGUUGAAGAUGACCAGGCUCUGGAAGUCCUUGUCCAGCGCCACCAUCUGCGCAGUCGUCAGCGACUGCUGGAUGGCGCCCGUCACCGAGAAGUUGAACGUGACCUUCUCGCCCGGCUGCCAUGCGUGGGCCUGGCCGGUGGUGGCGUCGAUGGCGCCGAAGGUGUCGCCGAACAUGGCUGUCGCGCCGCUGUUGAUGUAGUCGGCCGUGCCACCCGCGGAGGCCUUCAGCGACCCCUCGGCCAGCGAGGCGCGCGAGUAGGCGCGGUCGAGGCCGUUGUAGGUGGUGUUGGCGGUCAGCGAACUCUCGGUGGUGGCGCCGGUGGUGUUGGACACGAGACGGUCCGUCACGGGUGCGGCAUAGAUGUAGGAGACGUUCGCCACGGACAUCGAGUUUUGGGCGAAGGCACCCGCGGCGGCGGUGGCCAGGGCGAGAGCGGUCCAGAGGGCGACUUCAACCUGCACUUCGUCGACAUCCCGCGCGGCGUGCACGAGUACGACGAGAAGGCCCACUGCGAGCCGUCGGAGAAGGGCGACUGCGUCGUGAAGGCGCUGCAGCGCGCCCAGCAGGCGCUGCGCUGCGGGUCGACCGAGCAGGCCCGCAACGAAGCGCUGCGCUACGUCGUCCACUUCGUCGGCGACGUGCACCAGCCGCUGCACGCCACCGGUGACCUGCAAGGCGGCAACGGCUUCAAGGUGCACGGCAGCCUGCACGGCCAGACCUGCAAGGGCGCCUGCGCGCUGGAGAGCGGCAACCUGCAUUCGCUGUGGGAUUCGGGACUCAUCCGCCGCACCGUGUGGGACUGGGGCGCCUACGUCGAGCGCCUGGAGAAGACGCUGCUGGCCACGCAGGACUUCGACCUGAAGAGCGGCGGCGACCAGCCCGCGGACUGGGCCAUCCAGUCGCACGCCGUGGCCGAGCUGAUCUGGAACGACAAGCUGAUCCCGGCCGACGGCACCAUCGACGACGCCUACUACGCCGCCGUGCUGCCGGUGCUGGAUCAGCAGCUCGCGCUGGGCGGCGUGCGUCUGGCCCGCCUGCUCAACGAGACCUUCGCGCCGGGAUCGUGCAGCGCGCCCGUCGCCACCACGCCCUGGCCCAGCGCCGAGAAGGGCCUGCAGCCGGCCACCAACGUCGGCGAGCUGAAAGCCCAGUUCAAGGCCUACCGCGAGAGCGGCUACGCCCGCGACCAGGCCGAGGUGGCCGAAGCCGCGAUGGCCUGGGUUUUGUCCCGCGCCAAGCAGGUGGCCAAGCCGGCGCUGGUGCUGGACAUCGACGAGACCUCGCUCGACAACUGGGGCCAGAUGGCGCAGAACGACUUCGGCUACAUCAUCCACGGCGACUGCACCGCCGCGCCCGGCACCGCCUGCGGCGCCCUGGCCUGGGACGCCCAGGGCCGCGCGCCCGCCAUCGCCGCGACGCUGAAGCUCUACAAGGCCGCCCGCGCUGCAGGCGUGGCGGUGUUCUUCAUCACCGGCCGCAAGGAAGCCGAACGCGCCGCCACCGAGGCCAACCUGCGCACGGCGGGCUACGACGGCUGGGCCGGCCUGGUGCUGCGCCCCGACGGCUCGCACAGCGCCUAUUCCGCCGCCAGCUUCAAGGCCGGCGAACGCGCCCGCAUCGUCAUGCAGGGCUACCAGGUGCUCGCGACAAUGGGCGACCAGCCCAGCGACCUGUCCGGCGGCUACGCCGAGAAGGCCUUCCUGCUGCCCAAUCCGUUCUACCGGAUUCCCUGA